AUGGAAACUCCAUUUGAUCAGCUCCAGUACAGGCAACCUGAGGCUGCGCAAGCUCAGUACGAGCAGCCCCAAUAUGAGCAGGCACAGUACAAUGGGCCUGAGUAUGAGCAGUCACAAUUCAAGCGCCCUGAAAACGUGCAAGUUCCGUACGAACAACCCCAGUUCGAACAGCCCCAUCACAGGCUUCAUCAAAUGGCCCAAGUUCCGUAUGAUGCGCCCGAAUAUGAACGGUCUCAGUACAGUCGACCUCGAGUUGAGCAGGCUCAAUACGCACAGCCACAAUUCCGGCAACCUCUCAUUGAGCAACGUCAGAUCGAUCAACUCCAAUACAGUCAGCCCGCGUACGGUGAUCGUCCCCAGGCACCGCCAAGUCAACCUGACUUUGUUUAUGAACCUGCCCCCCAACAAAGGAAUGGUAUGUCUUCAGAUGUUCCAUAUGCAUACCCGUCGCAAUAUCCCUCUGCGUCGAAGGACCAGGGUAUGAGAACACCGCAACGUGCGGGACCGUCCCUGAUGCAUAGUCCGCGCAUGGCGCCAAUGCCUGACGAGCAAAUGUAUACGAUGGGCCGACAAAAUAUGGUCCAACCGAUGUAUCCCGAGGAUAGAUUUGCCGCCUAUGGUCGUUCUGACCUGACCCUGAAGAUGGACCAUCCUCCUUCUCAACCGGAGUUUGGCGGCGUUCCAACGCAACAACCACCUCUGUCGCCUCAGCUCUUGCCUGGCCAUGUGUACCCGCAUGAUGCCUACGCUCAAAGCGCGGCGCGUGGCCAUGCGCCUGUCGCCCAUGCUCAUCCGACAGGGUACUCAUCUCCCUACGCGAAGCAUGCAUAUCCAGACUUCCGUGGUGCCCAGCCUCCGCGCAGAGCUGAAGUUCCUGGACCCUUUGCUCCUCAGCCGCAGGUUUAUGAUUCUUAUGGCGAGCCUACGCCAAAGGCUAUGGGAUCUGGGUAUGACCAGUCAUUUAUGCCACCAUCCGAUCCGCGGAUGUAUCAAAGCCCUGUGCGGUCUCCGCUGAAUAUGAUGCAGCCCCAUCCAUUCAUGCAAACGGCUACGCCGCCACGAAUUCAGACUAGGCCCACAUCACCGUCGAGGCAACCUUCUUACGGUCCCAUGUACAUGAUGGAACCUAAUCAGCCUCAAGGUAUGCAUGAGUUACCGUACGGCAUGCCGUAUGAUCCACAAGAGCCAGUGUAUGCACCUGAAAACUCACGGUAUGCAUACCCACCGGGUAUGCAUUCUCGUUAUGAGCAGCCAUCGGCCGAUUACAGUGCAUACUCGGCGCCGCAGCACCCACUUCCGCAUCCACAUCCACAUUUUGCUAUGCCCAACCAAUCCAUGUCAUCAUCAUGGGAGCCGCCGCAAUCGUCGGCAGCAUCCAUUUCCUCGCUACAAAGGAUGCCGGGCAACGGUCUGAUCGGCACGCCCCGCGGUAAAAGUGGCCUGCCACAUCCGCAUCAGUAUGAAUCUGGGUCAGCAUAUCCGUCGUCGUCGACGUCAGCGUUGUACUCGCCAAGGCCACUUGAUCCUGACUUGCCUCCUGAGAUUCCUUCGUUCAUUUCAGCAACGCCCCAAAAGUUGGGCACUUCUCGUCCAUUGGAUCAGUCAACGCCACAGUCCCCCUCUUCGCUGCCUGGCGAUGUGUUUGGCGGCAGACGUCGGAAGCAUAAGAAUAAAGGAGCCUCUAGCAGCCGCUCUGGUUGGGCAGCCUUGUUCCAAAAUGAUCCCUUGUCUGCCGUUCAAUGA